AUGAAACCAAAAACACAGCCGACCCUUCUUGCGUUUCAGAAGAAAUCAGAAAGCACUUCCCAAACUCUACCCAGCAGGCCAUCUCAGAGAAGAACUUCGGAACAGGCUGAAUUUUACGACAAACUAAAUGGCCAGGGCAUUAAGAAGCCUGCAUCACCACCAUGGGCUCCGACAAAGAAAAGGAAAUUCAUUCCAACGUGGAAAGAGGAGUUUCCCUGGCUGGUGUAUUCAGAACAAGAUAAUUCCAUGACCUGCAGCAUUUGCCUUGAAGCACCAGCUGAGGUGGCCGGAAAGUCACUUUUCCUUUCUGGAUGA